UGUGACUUUCAUUCUCGUUAACUGUUUGUAUUUUCAAUUUAAACCUUACUCGUCUAUGAAACUAGGAAUAUAUUUAUUUGCUUUUUGUAAAUACAUAAGGGUGCUAAUAAAUGACCGUAACUUAACGGGCCGCCGCGUUGAAUAGUCUGCGAAGAAGCGAGCUAUGUGAAAGAAACUUGUUAUUAUUAACCAAGCAUAACCUUUUAAUCUGUUUCGUGUUUUAAUUUAAUGUAAAAAGAAUAUCGUGCGUUAACAAGUAUUAAUGUGGCAUACAAAAGUGUUAUAAAGUGCAAACGAUGUUUUGCGUCCAAGAAACCGACUCACAUAUGGAUCCAUUCUCAAACGACAAGGAUCCGCUCGGAUCCAACCAUUCAGACUCCAGCGAUGAGGAGCCAAGCGCUAAACGUCUCAAAACAUACUCAAGCCCGUCCAUCAACCUCCAAGUGUACCAAAUACCAGCGUUCAACACACCGAAAUCACUAUCAAUAUAUCCGACAUCACCGACCACAACGUUGCCAAAAUUCGUUAAUAAUCCGUUGAAUCUGGCCAAUCCGUUGGCGCUGGCCGCUAGCAACGCUAACAAUGUAGUCAAAUCUUUACACAGUCGUUAUUCUUUACCUGCAAAAUUGACAAUAACACCUGUGAACACUCCGCCUAAAGUUCUGGAGAACGGAGAGAUAGUAAGGUACAAGAAGAAUGGAGAAGUAGCUAAGAAGAGAGGUCCGCCUAAAGGUUACAAGAGAAAGCCUAAAGCAGAUUUGUCCUGUAGUCUAACUAACGGAGCUUUAUUACAGGCACAAAACACGAUCCUAACGAGCCUCUUAGCAGCAAACCCGGCUAUAACAUCGAGUAUAGCCCACAUGGCCAGCCUCCUGCCGGGGACCAGUGCGAUGCAGAACAUACAGGCGUUGCACAAUUUGGUGCCCCGACCACAGCCCAAGAUCGAGGUGCCUGAAGGCACGGAACUGGUCGAGUUGGAAUUGGACCCCGAGGAUUGGUUCCCCACGGAGCCCUACAAGAUGGUGUUCAGUCGUAAGAAGAACCCGAAGUGGAAAAACUUCCCGUAUAGAUGCGAGCACUGUUUCAAGGGCUACCGAGUGGCCUCCACGCUCAUUCAGCACGCGGGCGAGCGUCACGGCGGCGUGCCCAGAGAGCUGGCAAUACCGUGCCCGUGCUGCCCGCACGUGUCCACGCGCCGGAAGCACCAUAAAAAGCAUUUGGAGACUCACGAGAGCAGGAGACAUAGGAUCUUCUGUCUUUAUUGUCUGCCGCCGGCGGACCCCAAGGAGCCCUAUGUGAAGGAGUCCGAGAGGUAUCCUAUAGAUAAAUACCCACAAUAUUGGUACGCAUCAGAGGAAUCGCUCAGGCUUCACAAGAAGAGGAAACAUCCGGAAGCGGCCAUGUUUAAUUAUAAUUGGUACGCCACGUGGUGCGAUUACGCGCCUAAUAGCUAAUGGAAGUGUGUGUGAAGUGAUUGCGGGGUAGACAGAGCCGGCUUGUUGGAAUGAUCUUGUGUGUGUGUGUAGAAUUCUCGUGUCGCAAUAUUAGUUCCUGCGAAACUUGACCGAUUCUCGUGAAAUUUUGUCAGCGUAUUGAGCAGGUCUGAGAAUUGGUUGACAUCUAUUUUUUCAUACUUCUCAGUGAUAAGGGUUGUCCACACUUAA